GAAACCGCUAAGGGGACGGCGAGGAAUCCUCGCGGUAGCGCGAGAAGCGCUUUGCUCCGCCCUCGCGAAACCGAAACGAGUCUGAGCGGCGCAGAAGCUGUUGAGAGCUGCGUCGGGAAGGUGCAGGGAUACACGCUGAUCUUGGGACUACGUCGUUUUAUCUUUCCUCUUCACUAACACCAACACUAUCUGAGGAUGAUGAUGGACUUCUACGACUCUCAGUACCUGCUCAUCCUGGCCCCUUCCCUCGUGAUCGCGCUCAUGUUUCUCUUCUUCUGGCUCUUCAUGAAAGAGACGUCGUACGACGAGGUGCUGGCCCGGCAGAAGCGUGAUCUCCGGCCAGCGGCUGCCAAGCCAGACGCCCGCAAGAAGGGCGAGAAAAAGAAGAGCAAGAAGAGGGAGGCUGGGGGGGGGGGCAGCAGCGGUGGGGGCGGCGGCGAGUCGGAGGAGGACCACCGGGAGCUUGAUCUGACAGAUGCGGUGGCCAGCUCACCCCCUGAAGAGGAGGAGCCAGCCCAGGUCAUGCGCAUGCCCACCCCCACCCCUGUAGAGCCACCCCCCAGCCUACGGGAGAGGAAGAAAAAGGAGAAGAAACAGCAUCAGCAACAACAACAAAUACAACAGCAGCAGCAGCAGCAGCAGGUGGCAGUCACCACCCGGGCUGCUCCCCCUCCCGUUUCUGAGGAGCAGGUCCCCACCCGGGAGCUGAAUGGCUCGAAAGCCACCCCACGCAAGAGUGAGCCGACCCUCGCUGUCAGCAAGCAGCCCAGUCCCCCUCCGCCCGAGCCUGUCGGGAAGAAGAAGGGCUCCCAGAAGAAGCAGAAGAACGAAGUUGGCGAACGGCCAGACGAGCUUCACCUGGAGAUCAAAGUGGAGCAGGCCUCUGCUCCGCUCAAGAAAGAGGUUCCUGUAAGCGCUGAAAUCAGAGUCCAGGAAAAUGCCGCUCCUAACCCCAGCGCCGGGGCUGCCUCUCCCAGUACAACCAUCACUACUACAACUACUAGCAUCGCUACCACUACCACCGGCGGUGGCAAGAAGAAGAACUCUGCGAAGAAGCAGAAGACUGAGCCCGUUCCAGCCCCACCGGAGCAGACCUGCGUUGCUGUGGACAGGGAGCCCACAGCCCAUGCCAACCCACAGAAGGGCCACCUUGAGGAAGUUCCCCCCAAGGUCAGCGCCAAGAAGAUGAAGAAUGAGGCAAACAAGGAGAACUCUGAGGUGAAGCUGAGGGAGUUCAUCGCGGGGCUGCGCAGCCUGGUCCUGUCGGAGGAGGACGCCGUAAGCGUGGCGACAGUGCUGAGGGAGAAGAACCCGUCUGCCCUGGACGCCUGGCACCGGUCCACAGCCAAGCCCGAGCCCUCUGCCCAGAAGCUCCAGGAGAAGGAGCGGAUGCUCACCACUCUGCAGGAGGAGGCCUCCAUCGCCAAGGAGAAGGUGAAGCAGCUGAGCCAGGAGCUGCAGGCAGAGAAGCAGAAGACUGCUCGUGUGGAGUCCAUGCUGCGGGAGCAGCGUGGAGCCCUGGAGGAGCAGCAGAACGUCAUGCAGGCCAGCUACCAGAUGAAGUACCAGCAGGCCCUGGAGCAGCUGGAAGGCCAGAUCGCCCGUCUACAGCAGGAGAACAACAUCCUGAGGGAUGCUGUUAGCACUGGAGAAAGCAAGCAGUCGUCGGAGCUGAACCAGCUGCGAGGAGAGUGCGCACGUUUGAUGAAGGAGCUGUCAGAGGCCAGCGGCAAGCAUCAGCAGGAGGAGCGGCAGCGAAAGAGCCUGGAGGUCGGAUACAAGCAGAAUGUCUCUCAGUUGGAGGCUCAGGUCCAGGAGGCCAAGCGCCGAUGGGAGGAAGUCCAAGGCUUCCUGCACAGCGUCAAUUCCGACAGGGAGAACCUGCAGGCCAACAAGCAAGACCUGCAGAACCAGCUGCUGGCAGCCGAGUCCGAGAUGAGCAGCAAGAACAAGGAGAUCCAGACGCUGCGCACCAACCUGACCGACAUGAUGGUGUCCAAGGAGCAGGUGGAGCAGAGGCUGGUGCAGCUGCUGGAGGUGUCGCAGCACGCGCAGCAGGACACCUCCCUGCAGGAGCAGCUGCAGAAUCUUGUGACUGAAAACAAAGCCCUGCAGGUCCAGAUUGACAACCUUCAGAGCCAGCUGAAUACUCAGACCACCACCGCUUUCCACUUCGAGGAACUUCAGAAGCUGCUGUCUGACAAGGAGCUUCAGAGGAAGAGCCUGGAGGACACCCUCAAUGCAGAGAGGAGCAGCGCGGCUGGCCGGGAGACGGAAAUGCAGGCCAUGCGCACAGAGAUCCUGGCGCAGAAGGCGGAGAUGCAGAAUAUGCAGGCUCAGCUAUCCGAACAGGCUCACUCGCAGCUGGCCUUGGACGCCUAUCAGAAGAGCAUUCAGGAGAAGGAAGAUAAGAUAAAGACUGUGGAGCAGUUGCUGGAAAUCGGUAUGAUUGAGGUGGCCAAUAAGGAAGAGGACCUGAAGAAACUGAAGGAGGAGAAUGAAGCUUUGAAGCAUGAUGUGGAGGCUCUACAGCAGUACCAGCGGGAGCAGACGCCGCCGGAGUCUGUGCUAGAGGAGCUGCAAAGAACGGUCCAAGAGAAGGAUGAGAGGCUGAAAAUGUUGGAGAAGAAGCUGCAGGCAGAGUUGGAGAAUGUGCUAAAACAGGAAAGUGUAACGCAGGAGCUGGAGAAGCAGGUGAAGUCCCUGUCAGCAGAGGUGGACCUCGCCAGGCAACGGGAAGCUACAGAGGCAGAAGCGUCCGGCACGAGGCUCCGGGAGCUGCAGGCACUGCUGGCUGGCAGAGAUGAGGAGGUGCAGGACAUGCAGAGGGCUCUGGUGACGGGGGCCAGGGAGGCUACCAACAAGGAGCAGCAAGUCCAGGCACUGCAGGAGGAAUGCAUGGUCCUAAAGGCCAAGGUGCAUGACCAGCAGGUGGCGAAGGCCGAGGGGCCGAGCCAGGAGCUGCUAGAUUUGCUGGCAGCAAAGGAGGGGCAGGUGUCGGACCUGGAUAAGGAGAUGACAGAGCUGCGGGCUUCUCUGGAGCUGCAGCGGAAGAAGAACAACGAGCUCCGGGAGAAAAACUGGAGCGCAAUGGAGGCUCUGUCAGCCACUGAGUCGAUGCUUCAGGGGAAACUCUGCAAGACCGUCCAGGACAGUCAGAAAGCGCUGGAAGUGGCGGAAGCAGAGUGCCAGGACAUCCUGCGAAGGCUCUUCCCCAGCGUGCUUCUGCCUGCAAGCCGGAACCACCAGGAAUGGCUGCACAGGUUUGAAGCCGCAGCCAAAGAAGUAGCGACGACAACAGCAGAACCUGGUCAAGUUCGUGAAUUGGAACAAACCAAGAUAUUAGAAGAAAAGCUGAAAGAGUCUGAGGAGGCCCAGAAGGUUCUUCAGAAGGACUGUGAGAUGUACAAGAAAGUGCUGGCAGAGACGGAGGGAAUCCUGCAGAGGCUCCAGAGCAGCGUGGAACAGGAGGAAUCUCGCUGGAGGGUCAAGCUAGACGUGUCGCAGAAUGAGCUGAAAGAGAUGAAUGUAAAGAUGGUAGCCCUGGAGAAUGAGGUGGACAGAUUGACUCUGGAGUGUGGAGACCUAGAAAACGUGAGAUGUGAGAAGCAGCACCUGGAAUCCGAACUUGAGAGAGCAGAGCGUGAGAGCGCCUCCUAUGUGACGGAGGUCAGGGAGCUCAAAGAUCUUUUGACUGAGUUGCAAAGCAAACUCGAUGGCUCAUAUACUGAAGCGGUCAGACAGAAUGAGGAGCUGAAUUUGCUGAAGACCAAGCUAACAGAGACCCUGGUCAAGCUGGAGACGGAGGAAAAUGAACGGCAGAAGGUGGCAGGCGACCUCUACAAGGCCCAGCAGUCUCUGGACCAGAUCCAAGCAGAAAUCCUGAAGGAGACUGUGCAAGCAGACCUGAUAGAGAACAGCACAUUUGCAACACAGAAGGACGAGAUGGACAGAAAGUCGGCGGCGGGGCUGAAUGAGACCGUCAAAGAGCUGCAGCGGCUCCUCCAUGCUGUGAACAGGAAGCUCCUGAAAGGCAAGGAGGAGGAUGGGGAAAAGGAGACUCCAGAAGUAUAAAGGGCAGUGGAAUUACACCUGGCCCCACCCCAACCUGCGGUGACCCCCACACACACCCUUGUAUUUCCUCUUCAGAGCUAGUCACAAACACUGAACCAAUGGUUUUGCGCCCGUCUGCAUAUGCACACCCAGCCACACUUCCUCCAUGCUCUGUUGCUCUUUGGGAGAGAGGAAGGGGCGGGGUAACUGUGCAUCGCCGCUUUAAGCGACACCCCCUCUGCGUAACUCAGCACAUUCCUGACGUGACGCAGCCGGCCUCCGACUGACUGACACUCCAUGGCUCAGUGCUCUGUUCCACUUCACAUCUUUUAUUUCAGCAGAUUUUCUUAAGUUUUUGGCAAGAAGGGAGAUAUGGGCUCAACUCAUUAAAAAUGGUAUUUAUCAGUUUAGUAGUCUUGUUUUUUUUUUUUUUUUGUUAUGAAAAAUUGUGCUGCAUAGUGCAAUAGGGACCUACUUACCUGCACUACAUCUUGUCGCUCCUGGACCUAACACACGUUACAUCUGUUGUAUAACCACAUGUGCAAAUACACGACACAUUAGUCGGUAGAAUCCUUUUGGUUUUAUUUUGAUGGGCCCGGCUGGGGAGUGAAGAUCAGUGGAAGGUAUCAUGGAGACAGGUGACACUGAUCUACGUGGGACUGUGGCUAAAGGGGGUGAUUCCUUUGAGCCUCUUCUGCAGGAGCUGGCCUGACACACCAAUAACUCUUUUUAUCUGCUUUAACUACCCAGAUGAAAGCCUUCCCUCUCUUCAAUAGUCCACCCUUUGUUGCUAAUUUCAUUAAUAUAUUUUUUUUUUGUAAAAGGUAACGGUUAUACAAGAUUAAAAGGGAUGCUUGAUAAA